AUGAAUAAACAACAACUAAGAUUAGUCAGUACAUGCAGCAAUGUCAGUGACAAAUCUGAGGUAUCAGUCUUAUGCGAUUCCUCUGGAGAGGUUCGAAUGAAAGUUUUUCGUGGUCAUUUCGAUGCUAUUAAUUCAUGCCAAUUUUGCAAUCGAGAUUCACUAAUUUUAUCCGCAUCGAAUGAUAAAACAAUUCGAUUUUGGGAAAGCGAUGGUGGAAGCCAAUUGCAAAGUUUAAACUUACAUACAGAUAUAAUUUCUUGUUGUCGUGUAAACUCAAAAACGGACCCUAAAUUUUCAUUUGUUACAUCGAGUUGGGAUAAAUCGGUAGCAAAAUGGGAUGGAGAAACCGGUCAAAAUCUGUGGAGAGGCUUUCAUGAUGGUAUUGUUACUACUUGUGCAAUAUCAUCUGAUGCCCAUGUCAUAGUGUCAGCAUCCGAUGGCGACUAUGUCAUAAAAGUAUGGGAUACAAGAACCGACGAAAAUGCAGUCCAUACUAUUAAAAUCAUACAGGGUUUUGAUCUAGAUACAUUUCUUGAAGAAUUAGACAACUUCCUGGGAUAUAGUAAAUUGCUAAAUUAG